AUGAGCCGACAUCAUCAGAAACGACGUCGACAAUCACCCCCUUCGACAAUAAUAUACGUUCCAGAUCGAGAUUCUGACACGAAUAUACCACCAAGGCAAACUGAACGACAUGAAAAACCCUGCCUGACAUGGUUAAAACUAGCUCUUGGUGCACUUAUUCCUCUAGCCAUAGGCAUUUGUACUGUUGUUAUAACUGUGCAACAACAACAGAAUGAAGAUCGACGUUUUCAACAAACACAAGAUAACGAAUAUCGCCGACGUGAACAAGAUCAGCAACAAGCGGAUAAUCUUCACUAUCAAAAUGUAUACAACCAUUAUAUCAUAGACAUUUCAAAUUCUAUCUUUAAACAGCAAAAUCAAACAACAACAUUCGUCGAUAACCGCUCACGUCUUGAUUACAUUCGUAGUCAAACUCUAACAACUUUAGUUGAUUUAGAUUGCCAGAGAAAGACAUGGCUCUUUGAAUUUCUCCACGAAAAUCAACUUCUCCCUAGUUCUCUUCAAUCAACAUCGAUGAAUCUCCAAAACACCAAUUUCUCCUGUAUUACAUUGAAGGAUACAAUCUCAAAAAAAUUUGUAUUCAACGGCUUGGUAUUGUCAUCAGUUGAUUUGAACGAUGCAUCUUUCAUUAAAUGUCUUUUUCUAGACUGUGUUGAUUUUAGAGGCUCAUCAAUGGCGCACAUCAACUUGAUACAAUCCAGUUUUUAUUGUUUUAAUGGAACAACUUUAUUUGAACGUGCUAUGCUAUCACACGCUAAUUUCUAUCGUGUAUUUCUAUAUAAUGUUAGUUUUGACGAAGCAGAUCUGACCUACGCAAAUUUCACUUCAGCUGUAUUUAACGGAAAAAUUGUUUUGACUGGAGCAGAUUUAGCGUUUACAACUUUUAAAGACGUCAUUGUAGAAGAUUCAUUUUCUAUGAUUAUUACUAAUGCAAAUAUGACCGGUGCUUCAUUCCUAGAAGAUAAAUCGCUUAUUAAAGCAAUGUCCCAAGGUCUAAUAGACAUAAUGAAUGUAAUUUUACCGAACGGUACGUGGCUGUUGAAUGAAACGAUGAAUUGGAUUAAAAAUGGAAAUGCAGAAACAAAUUGUACAUCAUUAGAUAUUCCCAACUGGCAGGAAUUAUCUUCAUCACCUGAUAGAAUCCUACCAACAUUAUCUGUAAUUCAUCUCAACGCGUCGGUAAACAGUUCGUUGGGAAGUUAUAGUUUUAAUUUCACUGCGGCGGCCACUGCCAAACCUGUUUCUUUGGCUCGUUGGAUCUCUUUUAGUGGUAUCUCAAAGUUUAUUCAGAGUUCCGAAGCUGAAUGUCAUUUAUCGUUUGAUAUUAAUUGUCAAGGUGGUGUUAUCCAAGUACGUUUAUAUUCUUUCACAUCUUCACCCAACUUUCCCAAACCCUCAGGUAAGAUAAUUGUUGCAAAUAAUGGUCAAACUUUUUAUAAAGAUUCAAGCGACUGUCCAGGUAAUCUUAAAUGGAGUACAACAGGAAUAACAGUUCUUGGUAAUGGUUAUGGUAUAGGUCCAGAUCAAUUACAAUUUCCUCAUGGACUAUUUAUCGAACCUAAAACACAAAUAUUAUAUGUUGCUGAUGUUUCUAGCAAUCGAGUGCAAAAAAUGUAUCCAAAUGGUAAAAUAGAAACUGCAGCUGGUCAAGCUAAUGGUGAUGCUGGGUCAACAUCAGACAAAUUGAAUGGUCCCAGAGAUAUUUUUGCAGAUGAAAAUGAAAAUGUUUUUGUUGUUGAUGAGGGUAACCAACGAGUCCAGUUUUGGGAGAAAAAUGCUAAAAGUGGAAAAACGGUGGCGGGUAAUGGAACCAGUGGUUCAGCAUUAAAUGAAUUUAGUUAUCCAUUUGGUCUUGUACUCGAUUCGAAGAAAAAUAUAUUAGUUGCCGAUAUGCAAAAUCAACGUAUAAUAAGAUGGUCAUCUGUAUAUGAUCCAAGAACAUCGACUGGGACGAUCGUAGCAGGUGGUAAUGGUCAAGGUAUGAAUCCAUACCAAUUGAACAAUCCAAUUGGUUUAUAUUUAGAUGAACCAAAUAAUAAUUUAUAUAUAUCAAACGAAGAAUCCCAUUCAGUAACACAAUGGAAUAUGGAAGCUUACGGAGAUAAGAAUAUAUAUGCUGGUAUACCGGGAAGACCUGGUAAUAGUGCAGCUCAAUUAAAUGGUCCUCAAGGUGUAAUUCUUGAUAAAUAUGGAAAUCUAUAUAUCGCUGACUGUACAAAUAAUAGAAUACAAAUGUUUUGUCCAAAUGCUGUAUUUGGAAUUACAAUUGCCGGGACCGGUCGCGUUGGUAAUGGCAGUAAUGAAUUAUAUUUUCCUCGUGAUGUAGCAUUUGAUUCAGAAAUGAAUUUAUAUGUUACAGAUACAUAUAACUAUCGUAUACAAAAAUUCGCAAGAAUACAAUAA